AUGUCGCUGCCCGGCACCGCCGCGUCCAGCGACUCCAAUACAACAGAGAAGAACUCGAGCCCGGACACGAAGUUCCUCCUGCAUGACGUCGCUCCCGACUCGGCCAGCCCCUCGCCGUCGACAAACACCACCACGCUAGGCGACACGCGUCGGAUGUCCUUGAGAAAAGCGCGGAAGUUCUUGGCGGAGCUGAGGCGGAGGCGACAGCAGAAUCGCCGUUUUCUCUCCGUCCAUGAACUUGAUUGCCUUAAAGGAGAUCGGGCAGAGAGAGAAACCGGUGGAGAUCGGAGAUCGGGCCGGACCCUUGCAGUGGUCGGUGUGGGACUUGAAGACGGACCCGGCACCCUUACGCUGAGCUCUGAUGACGCGAACCAUCUCUAUCUCUGUUCUCUGUUCUCUGCAGAGCUUUGGCGGGUGGAUUCAAUCUCCGAGACCAAUCACAUUUCUGCAUAUAAAGCCCGAAACACUCUUGCCGAAGUCAAACUCAGAAUGGCUUCCACUACCAACCCAGCUCUCGACCCAGAUUCGGACAUUCCGGAUAACCCGGGUCACGAGUUUGCUCAAUUCGGGUCCGGUUGCUUCUGGGGAGCCGAGCUCAGGUUUCAGCGGGUCGUCGGCGUGGUCAAGACCGAGGUUGGGUACUCCCAGGGCCACAUCCACGACCCGAAUUACAAGCUGGUCUGCUCCGGAACCACUAACCACUCCGAGGUGGUUCGGGUCCAGUUCGACCCGCAAGUCUGCCCAUAUUCGGACCUGCUUUCCGUCUUUUGGUCUCGUCAUGAUCCAACUACCCUCAAUCGCCAGGCUGGAGAUGUGGGAACUCAAUAUCGAUCUGGAAUAUACUACUACAGCGAAGCGCAGGCUCGCCUAGCCGAGGAAUCGAAGGAAGCAAAGCAAAAGGAGUUUAAGGACAAGAGGGUGGUGACAGAGAUUCUUCCAGCAAAGAGGUUUUACAGGGCAGAGGAAUACCAUCAGCAAUAUCUGGAAAAAGGAGGAGGUAAUGGCAACAAACAAUCUGCUCAAAAGGGUUGCAAUGAUCCUAUUCGAUGCUAUGGUUGAGAAGCUAAUGCAUCGUGCAUGAUUAAAACUCUUUGCUGGUUUACUUACUAUUUGAAAAAAAAACCUAUGUCAGUUCAAUUAUGCUAAAGGCUCCAAACUGUUUACUUGAAUUAUAUUGGCAAUAUUGUACUUGUUACAAAUAAACGAGGUUGAAACUCGACUGGAUAUGGACGAAUGAAACAUUGUCAUCAUAAUUGGGAUCCAGAAUCUGGUAUUUGUUUUA